UUCAGAUUUCUCAGGAUGAACCUGAAUUUUCAAAGGCUAAGUAUCUUUGGCCUUCUUUCCAAUUCAUUUUGGAAAAAUGCCCCUGUUUUGUGGACAGGUGGCUCCUGUGUGUCUGCACAAAAUUUUCGUCAGGCAAGCAGUAAAAAAUUCAAGAUGUCUAGCAUUGGCAUAACAAGCCUCAAGUCCUGUAUUGGAGCCGUCUUAAACUGUACUGGAAGUCUAAUUUCUUGUGGACAAAUGUCCCCUAAGAUAAGAACACUAAGCAAGAGUCCAUUUAUUGUGAAGUACUUAUCCCAUAGACGUAUUUUGUCUGGUCAAGUGGGGGUACUUUCUUGUAAUUUGUUUGUCAGGCAGUUUUGUAAGUCCAUUCCUUGUAAUGGUCCUGAAUCCACUUCUAGUUCCAAGCCUCAGAUCCGUCUUUACACAAAGUUACUGGUAACUUGCAUUUUUGGAGCUGCAAUCAUGGGGUCUUGGCUUUAUGUUCGUCAAGAAAAGAAGACUAUACAGAAUGUACAGAGAUUGGAACAGCUAAAGAAAGUGGCAGUGGGUCAGGGGAACUUCAGUCUUCUAGACCACAAUGGCAAACCUAGAACAAAGAAAGACUUCUUUGGUAAGUGGGUCCUGAUGUACUUUGGUUUCACACACUGUCCUGAUAUCUGUCCAGAUGAACUUACAAAAAUGUGUGAGGUUGUCCGCAUUUUGGAGAAGGAUCCCAAACUGCCAGAGAUACAGCCCAUCUUUGUUACUGUGGACCCAGAGAGAGAUGAUGUGGCAGCUAUGGCAAAGUAUGUCAAGGAUUUCCACCCACGUUUGCUGGGUUUGACUGGGACACCUGAGCAGGUCAAAGAAGCAGGAAAGGAUUACAGAGUGUAUUUUAGUGCUGGUCCGAAGGAUGAAGACAAUGACUACAUUGUGGAUCACACUAUCAUAACCUACCUUCUUAAUCCAGAUGGACUCUUUAUAGAUUAUUACAACAGAACCAAAUCUGACAGAGAAAUAGCAGAGAGCAUAAGAAGGCAUAUGGCCACUUAUGUCUCUUUGUUCUAAUAAAACAAAGCAUCUUCUGUCCGCAUCUCAUCAUGUUAGCCUCACAACUGCAUGUUUAUGAAAAGUUAGGUAAUUUGCAAUGGAAUAUGGAAAAAAAAGUUUUGAAAUUGUUUGAUAUUUGGUAUACAUUGUUUUAUAAACAGAAAAGAACUGAUGUUCUUCAUGUUUUACUGUUGCAGUCAUCACCUGUCGGUUAUCCCUGCUGUGGUAGCCCUCACCCGGCCCAAA